AACACCGACCUGCAGCUUUUGCUUACCUUGCCUCCCCUUUUCUCCACCCGCUCGUCGGCGCAUCUCGGCCUUCAAAUAGGCCCGAACGCUCGCUUGUCGGCCAAUGAAACUCGACCUCACUUGCUCACCUCAUCAGCUGAAUAAUCGCCCUUCAGCCGUGCAGACGGGGACGGGGCUCGCAAAUGCAGCGACGAGCUUCCCAUCUAGGGAUUAUCAAGCAAGGCAACCGCACUCUAGACGUCGGCGCAGUAUAAGUCCAGCCAUUGUCUCCCCAACAAUCCGCUGUCAUCAUCGCUCCUCCAUCUCCCGACAAUGGCCGCCGCAUCCGCACGGAAGCCCAUCCUCAUCUCAGGCGGAGGCCUGGCAUCUCUUCUUCUCGCCCGCUCUCUCCUUCGCUCCAAGAUCCCUUUUGUGGUCUUUGAACGCGAUGCUUCCCUCAUCUUCCGGGCGCAGGGCUACCGCCUUCGGAUGUCGAACGAGGGCCUGGACGCCAUCGAGGAAGUGCUCGGACCCGGUUUUGACAAGUUCUGGCAGGCCACCAGCAAGACGGGUGGUGCCAAGGGCUUCGGUCUGUUGAAUGCGGUCACGGGAGAGGACAUUGAGCAAGACGGGACCACCCAAGUGUCCAAGGGGGAGCAGCAAGCGGCGGGCGGGAGCUAUAAAGUUCCGGAGAAAUUGGCGACGGAGAAGCUGCAGUCGAGGGGAGGCAAGACGAUUGGGAUCUCGCGUGGGGACAUGCGUGCGCUGUUUAUGGAGGGUUGCGAGCCCUUUAUUCGAUGGGAUCAUCACGUCGUCAGUUACGAGCUGACUGACCAUGGCGUGAAAGCCGUCUUUGCCGACGGCUCUAAAUCGGAGGAAGGCGAGAUGCUGAUUGGCGGCGAGGGCAUCUACUCCAAGGUGGCCAAGCAGCUUUCGGACGGGAAGCUGAAGACGUACGACACGGGCGCGAGAGGUAUUCACGGACAGUCACCGGCUACCGCGUUCAAGGGCUUGGGCGAAGGCGUCUGGCGAUUGAUCGACAGCACAAAUCCCCAAGGCCAAUCCUUCAUCAUCACCAACGUUCGCCCAGAGGAUAUGGACGACCCAAAAGCCGAUCUUGGAUGGACAAUGAGUGCCACCCCGGGAGUCAUCAAUCCGCCCAACAACAACUUCCAAAUCGUUGGUGAGACCGCAGCCAACAUGGCCAAAUCGCUGACUGCAAAUUGGCAUCCCAAGUACAAGCCGCUAUUUGAUGAGAUGCGAGUGAAGGAGGCUGCGUUCUGGAAAAUCACGUGCUCCACUCCUUCCGGCGUGCCUGUUUGGAAGAACGAAAACCGUGUGACUGUCAUCGGUGAUGCAGUACAUUCCAUGACUCCAGCGGGUGGAAUUGGGGCAAACACGGCUAUGCGUGAUUCGGCACUUCUCGGGCGGUUGCUGGGGGAAGCUGGCGGGUACAAAGAAGGCCUUACAGCCGCGUAUGAGGAGAAGAUGAGGGUGUACGCGAGUGAGGCUGUGGCGCAGAGUUAUGGGCUGGCCUCGAGCACGUUUCAAAUCAAGAUUGAUGAGAACACGACGCCGGUGGUGGGGGCAGAGAGUAGAAUUUAGAGGAUAGACAGAAUAACUCUUGCAAUCGACUAAGAACGGACG